CCACCCACUACCCCAUCCCAUCGCCAUGUCCGCGCACGCCGCCUUCCCCAACGAGAAGCCCCACGCCCACGCCGAGCCGCCCUCGUGGCUCGGCUCCAUGGGCGGCCUUUUCGAGCCCGUCGCAGCCCCCAUUGCCAGCACGUUCGAGCGCUUCCACAACUGGAAGGAGUACAUGGGUCUCAGCCAGCCGGGGACGGUCGAGAACCUCACGCGCGAUGUGACGAACACGCACAUGUCCAACUACUUCUUCGAGGGUGCGCGCGCCGACCUGUCCAAGGUUGUCUCGCCCAACCCCGCCUUCCAGAUCACCCACAGCUUCACCCUUGGCGCGCAGAAGUCGUCGUACAUGCUCGGUGCGCUCUUCGCCGACCAAAACACCUUCCUCCACGGCCAGUGGGACCCCUCGACCGGCGGCGUCAACAUCCGCGCGAACCAGACCUGGUCGGCGACUGAUGUGACCAAGAUCCAGGGCCAGCUCACCUCCACCCCUGGCCAGACCAUGUUCCAGAUGGAGCACGACCACAUGGGUCCCCACUACUCGCUCAACCUGAAGACGAUCAACCCAUCGCCCCUUGACGGCAAUGGGCUCCACUUCGUCUCGCUCCUCCACUCGCUCACCCCUCGCCUCUCGCUCGGCUUUGAGACGAUCAUUCAGAAGACGGGCCCGAACGAGCUUAUCCCCGCCACUUCGUACCUGCUCAAGUACUCGUCGGUCGCUCAGCCCAAGGUCACGACGCAGGACGCCCUCCCGCCCUCCGCGCCUGCUCAGCCCGGCGUCCCCUUCGUCCCGGCUUGGACCGCGACCGCCCAGCUGCAGCCAUCGGGUAACGUCCAAGCGACGUACUACCAGAAGCUGAGCGACAAGGUCGACGUCGCUCUCGACCUCCAGACCCAGGUGCAGCCCGCGUCCUUCAUGGGCCCCGCCAAGCGCGAGGCGCUUGCUACCCUCGGCGCCAAGUACGAGUUCCGCAUGGCGACCUUCCGUGGCCAGAUCGACAGCGCCGGCAAGGUCGGCAUGCUCCUUGAGCAGCGCUUCACGCCCGCGUUCGCAUUCCUCGUGGGCGGUGAGAUCGACCACGCCAAGAACUCGAGCCGCUUCGGUGUCGGAGUCAUGAUCGAGUCGACCACCAUGUCGCCCGAGGAGAUGCAGGCCGCCGGCAUGCUUCCCCCUCAGUAAGCGCGCGAGUGUAGCGUGGGCUGCGAGCCGCAAAACGGGCGGCUGCGAGCGGCUGGCCGAGACUCUGCUGCGGGCGCCCGCUGGCCCCAGCCGAGUGAAGAAGGAGAGUGACGGCGAGAAGGCGAGGAUGGCGGCGGUGGAUGAUUGCGCACAUGGCGCGGCGCUGCGGCGCAACGGAGGAUACCCGAGGUCGAGGAGGACUCACCCGGACGCGUUAGAGGAUGGACGCACGCACGCAUGCCGCACAGACGGACCUGCUUGUACUAGGCAUUGAUGCACUAUUCUGCAAUAGCUG